UCUUCUUAUAUGCUACUACCCUCCGACUUCUGCGGCACAGAAAUAGAAAGGUUUGGCAGGCAGGAAGAGCAGCUCUAGUAGUCAGAAGUAGGACAUAAAGUAAGUCGGUACUCAGUUUCCGAGUCAGAGUGACUUCCAUUAGCCGGGGCGACUCUUUAUCUUCCAUUUACGCAGCAUCAGCAAGGAGUGUAAUCUUAACUAGCCUGGCUGAACAUCAAGCCAGGUGUAUAUAACCAGAUUCCGAAACAACACUCCCUGUAGUUCGCCCUGUUAAUUCAAGUUCAUCUUAAUUAAGUUAAGUCGACACCGUCUAACUGUGAGGUUUUUGAGGGAAUGGCGUUGGACUUCGCUGCUGGAUGUGUAGGAGGUGCUGCUGGUGUUUUGGUUGGACAUCCAUUUGACACUGUUAAGGUGGGUGUAUGCUCCAUCCUCUUUGCCAUUUAAUCUUGUUAGGGGCAUGAUGGCAGGUUUUGGAGUUAAAAUGUUGAAAGUCAGACAACUGUGUUGAAAGCUUGAAUUUGAAUCCAGAUAAUCUUGAGGAUACACAUCUGAUGAGAAAUGAAAUGGCACCAAGAGCAGUGGAAUAUUUGAUGGCUUUAGGAGCAUUAAAAUGAUUAUAUUUAACACUGUUGGUGGCAUAGCAUGUUAUUUAAGUUGUGUUUUCUGUUUGUGCAAAUGGGGACGUUGGCAGAAUAUCACUGUCUAAUCAUUCCAUGCUUUCGUCUAGUCAUCAGUUUUAUGCAGCUCAAAGUCACAAACUAGCAUAUGCAGGCAGAGUUGAAGCAAACAUUUAACCAAAUACUUUCUGCUCUAAAUUCAUAGGAAACAUAGCAGGAUUUCUGUAAAUGAAUCUAAAUAUUCAAAGCUUUUGCUGGAAGCCAGUAACUUAUAAAACAAACUAAACGUUUCUUACAAUUUGCUGUUAUAUAUCAUCCAAUCAGGAGUUUUUAAAAAAAAAAAUGUAAAUGGAGAGUUUUAAGUUUUAAGUUAAACAUAUGACUGUAUCAUUUGUAGCAUCCACUGUAGAGGCACGCACAGAUGGUGAUUGGUUUGGUUGUAGUUCUUUUACACCUUGCUUUUAAUGUCAUUUUUCCCUGAGCCGCUGUCUGCUUGGGGCUGGGGGCGGCUGUCUUUAACAGCAACAGUGUCACUGUGUUGUAGAUGGGAGAGAGAAAUAAACAGCCUCUCCACGGAAAUGUGACCUAGUAAGUAAUGAUCAAGGUCUCUUUUUUUUUCUGUCACCCAAUGUCCUGUCUUGAGAUGUAGAAAUAUAAAGAACAGAAGGCAUUUUGUUUUUUUUACUCAACCUCAUGCUCGGCUAAUCUUUUUUUUUUUUUUUUUUUUUUUUUUUUUUCUGCCACAUAUUGAAUAUUGCAAGUUUUUUUUCUUUCCUUUUUACCCUGAAAAAGUCAUUAAAUACUUAAAAAAAGAGAAAAUGUCUGCUUAUUUCCCUGUAAACUGUAUUACAGUGUUGGUUUGUAGUCAGUGUGAUCCUUUUUGUCCUUUUUGUCCUUCACGUGACCAACAUUCUUGCUGUUGUCCACAGGUGCGACUUCAAGUUCAAAAUGUGGACAAACCUUUGUACCGCGGGACGUUUCACUGUUUCCAGUCAAUCAUACGGCAGGAGUCGAUGUUUGGUCUGUACAAAGGUAUCGGCUCUCCAAUGAUGGGACUGACGUUCAUCAAUGCCAUAGUUUUUGGUGUCCAAGGCAAUGCCAUGCGACUACUUGGCCGCGACACACCUCUGAAUCAGUUUUUGGCUGGAGCCUCUGCCGGAACCAUUCAGUGUGUGAUUUGCUGCCCAAUGGAGCUGGCCAAAACGCGCAUGCAGAUGCAAGGGACUGGAGAGAAGAAGUCUAAAAGGAAGAUGUACAAGAACUCACUGGAUUGUCUGGUGAGAAUCUACAAGAAGGAGGGAUUCAGAGGGAUCAACCGUGGCAUGGUGACCACCCUGGUACGGGAGACGCCUGGAUUUGGUGUGUAUUUCCUUGCAUACGACGUACUGACACGUUCUUUGGGCUGCGAGCCAGAAGACCCGUACAUGAUCCCAAAGCUGUUGUUUGCUGGUGGAAUGUCUGGCAUCGCGUCCUGGCUCUCCACCUACCCCGUGGAUGUGAUCAAGUCCCGUCUGCAGGCAGACGGAGUUGGUGGCGUCAACAAGUAUAACGGCAUUAUGGACUGUGUCAGACAGAGUUUACAAAAGGAAGGUUGGAGAGUUUUCACCCGUGGACUCACGUCCACUUUGCUCCGUGCAUUUCCAGUAAAUGCCACUACUUUUGCUACCGUGACUUUGUUUUUAAUGUACAUGCGAGAGGGAGAAGAGUGUAGUAUUCAGGACUCUGAGCCACAGUCCGUCCAGCUGCAGCCUUUGCAGCAACAGCCGCAGCCAAACAGCAUGUAAGCCUAAACCUACAUGGUAUAGAAAAGAUAUUUCAUGCAGGUCUAUGAUCUGUUAACUUACAUCCAUAAUGACAAAGAACUGAUUGCAGGGAAGAAUCUGCCCAUUGAGCCUCAGCUAAGCAGCCACACAUGAAUAUAUAUUUUAAGAUAAAAGCUUCACAUGUAAAUAUGUUUUUUUUUUUCUUGGCCAUGCAUGUUUUUGUACAUAUAUUAAGUUUGGAGUAAUUCGGAAAAGUUGAAUGGUUAAAAGUGUUACUUUAAAAGUUACAGUUGUCCCUAAAAUGUAGAGUUAAACACUGUUCUGGUGCUGUGUUCAGGUCAUAACAAAGUCAUUUGUGUUGAGUGUCCAGUAUAUGCCUCCCUUUGCUUUCAUUCAUAGUUAUUGAUUUACUGAAAGUACAAAGUUAGAAAUGCAUGUGAGUUACAAUCAGUGCACCUAGUCUGUUCCCUUCUACAGUCAAUUAAAUUAAAGCUUUAAAUUGUAAUUUAUACAACUUUGAUUGUAGACCAGCCUUUUUCUCCAAUAUUUAAAGACAGCAUUUCAAAAUAUUUUGAUAUUGCUUAUUUUUAAACAUAAAGAAAUGCAAGUCAAGCCUUUAAAAUAAUAAUUUCUGAAGUUUUACCUGUGUAUAUGCUUCAACUUUUCUAUGAAAAGGUAGAAAAAAGGAUCCAAGUUAUGGCUGCUCUCUAAAGUUUUAAUCAAGUGUGAGGUUACAUGGUAGCCUUUUUUAUAUAAAAUGUAGAUAGUGAAACUGUUACAACUUCAUGUGUUGCAGUAUUAAAUAUAAUUUGUAUAAAAUCAAAUACAAAAUCUUUAAAAUGUACAGUAAUUUGACUUGAUCUAAAGUCUUAUUUGCUGCUGUGUCAUCUUUUGGCCGUUGUAGUGUCAAAAUGAAGCACCUUAAUGUGUAAAUUGUUCUAAACAUUUUUCUUGUCAUCAGAUGUGGUGCACAACCUCCACAAGGGGGCACCAUCAGACCAGUCCUGUGCACUCAUUUUUGCCACCUAGAAAGUAAUAGUUACACUUAUUUUUAUGGAGCUGCAGAAUUUGCAACCAUUUUGCAGCUUUUGUUUAUUUUUUUAAUUAAACUCAAACAAAACUGUGUUUUUCACCCAAUGCAUUUUUUUUUCUUUAAGAUUCUAAAUCUACCAAAGUCAAAAGCAUGAAUUGUGGUUAAGUGAUAGGAAAUGUACAAAAAACGGGGCAUUUCUAACAACUUUCUGUAACACAUUAGUAAAACAAAUAUCUCCAGUGCUGAAGCCACUACGACAACUUCUUAGCUACUCCUGCAAGUAAAGGUGGCCUGCGACUGCAGCAUUGAAACUGCACGAGGUUGUCCAAAAAUAUGAUGUACAUGCUGCGAUUGUCCUUUUUUUUUUCUUUUUGUUUUUCUUUUUGUUUGUUUUAUCAACAUCUUUCAUAAUAAUGAAUCUCUAGGCUUUACAUUAAAACUCCAACCCAGUAUUUCUUUUCUAAAUUGUCUGGGUUUGUCUUGACGGUUGGAUGAUAGAUGAUUGAUAUCCUUGUAAAGGAAAAGAAAGGGCUGCUUUUGUUUUCUGUGCUUGUGUAUGAUACUUUGUACCAAAGUAGAACAUCCCCAUGUAGAUCUACAGGAGACUGUUUAAAUAAAUACCACUUUUGUUUUUUGAA